CUCUCUGUCUCUUAACAAGUCUUAACUUCACAACCAAACUUGCAUUAACAAAAUUCUUUCCAUUUUAUAUUUCUUGGAGCCUUUUCUUUUUAAUUCAAUACACAUUUAUUUUUUUUUCCUGUUUAAUUGAAAAUCAGAACCUUAAAGAAACCCAUGUCUUAAGUUUUGUGUGAAGAUGCUACUUGAUGUGAUUGCAAGGAGGCUCUGUUGAAUUCAAAAUUCAAAAUUGUGAUUCGUGGAUUCUGUGUUAAAUUUUGAUUUGAUUAUGGGUUCUGAGAAGGGUCUGAGAGAGGCAAUGGCAUCGGUUUCGGGUUCAAGAAAUGAUAAUGCAGCUGAGGAAGCUUCUUCACCUGAUAUGUUGAAGAAUACGCCAUCCAAUAUAAGGAGGUUGGCUCAUGAGAUUGAGCAGUUUGAGGGCAGGCACAAGUAUCUUGCUCAGACAACUAGUCCAUCAGAUGGGGGUGAUGUUCGUUGGUACUUUUGCAAGACUCAUUUGGCUGAAAAUGAGCUAGCUGCAUCAGUCCCUCGCUCAGAGAUAGUUGGAAAGGGUGACUAUUUUCGAUUUGGUAUGAGGGAUUCUCUUGCAAUAGAGGCAGCUUUCUUGCAGAGAGAGGAAGAAUUGCUUUCUAUUUGGUGGAAAGAGUACGCAGAAUGCAGUGUAGGUCCAAGAGGGCAGCCUGGAAGCUAUUCUACACUGAGCCAACAGCUAAAAGAAUCUUCUUUAGAGACUGAAGAAGAGAGAGUUGGUGUUCCUGUAAAGGGUGGUUUGUAUGAGGUAGAUUUGGUAAAGAGGCACUGUUUUCCUGUCUACUGGAGUGGGGAAAACCACCGCGUGCUUAGAGGUCACUGGUUUGCUCGUAAAGGUGGUCUUGAUUGGCUUCCAUUACGCGAGGAUGUUGCCGAGCAAUUGGAGUUUGCCUAUCGUAGCAAGGUUUGGCAUCGAAGAACAUUUCAACCAUCAGGAUUGUUUGCAGCUCGAGUUGAUUUACAGGGUUCUAACCCAGGACUCCAUGCACUUUUCACUGGGGAAGACGAUUCAUGGGAAGCUUGGCUUAAUGCUGAUGCAUCUGGACUUUCAACUGUUAUUACUCUAGGAGCGAAUAGUAUUAAGUUGAGGCGUGGUUAUGUGCCAGCUCUGUCUUCAAAACCUACCCAGGAUGAAUUACGUCAGCAGAAGGAGGAGGAAAUGGAUGAUUAUUGUUCACAGGUUCCUGUUCGGCAUCUAGUAUUCAUGGUUCAUGGUAUCGGGCAAAGGUUGGAAAAGUCUAAUUUAGUUGAUGAUGUUAUAGAUUUUCGUGAAGUCACUGCAAGCCUUGCUGAACGACAUUUAAGUUCAUAUCAACUUGGCACUCAAAGAGUUCUCUUCAUCCCAUGUCAGUGGAGGAAAGGUCUGAAGCUUAGUAGUGAACAUGCUGUAGAUAGAAUUACCUUAGAUGGGGUGAGGAAGCUUCGCGUGAUGCUGAGCGCAACAGUCCAUGAUGUCUUGUACUACAUGAGCCCCAUAUACUGCCAGGCUAUUAUUGACUCGGUAUCAAACCAAUUGAAUAGGUUAUAUUUGAAGUUUCUUAAGCGAAAUCCAGGAUAUGAUGGGAAGGUUUCAAUUUAUGGUCAUUCCCUGGGGAGUGUUCUGUCUUAUGACAUCCUUUGUCAUCAAGAGACAUUGGCCUCCCCAUUUCCGAUGGAGUGCAUGUACGAGGAUCAAAAUGCGAAUAAAUUGUAUGACCCUAAUACAAUUGGCUUAUCAUCUGACUGCACCUUAGCCUCGAAUGUUGAGGACAGGAGCAAUGUUAAUGAUGAAACUAAUCGCGAAGCAGGCAUCACAAAUAAAGGGGACCCAAGAUUGGAGCCAUGUUUCCUGGGUCCAGUAGAUAACCAGGAUAAAAACUCUUUGAAUCCGGUGAAUCCUGUUGCAUCGUCAGACUCAGACAUACUUACCCUGACAGGUGGAACUUGUGAACCAAUGAACAUUAAUGAUGGGGUUGUGGAAAGCCAUGAGGAAAACAUUGACGAGGAAGUACCUGAGAAUGACAAGGAUAAACAGAUUGAGCUUUUAAAGGAAGAGAUUGAUUUACUACAAGCCAAAAUCGAGGAACUAGAAUCUACCUGUGGUGCAGGGAAUGUGGAGAAGGCUAAAGCUAUGUCAAAACAACCCAUAUCUGAUGGACCUCCACUGGGGCCAAAUCAUGCAUCUAAGAGUUACACUCCCUAUAUAAAGUACACGAAAUUGGCAUUCAAGGUUGAUACAUUUUUCACCGUUGGUUCUCCUCUUGGUGUGUUUCUUUCGCUUCGCAAUGUUCGUAUCGGAAUUGGCAAAGGGAAAGAUUAUUGGGAAGAAGAUAACAUAAAUGAAGAGAUGCCGGCCUGUCGACAAAUGUUUAACAUCUUUCACCCUUUUGAUCCUGUUGCUUACAGAAUAGAACCACUCGUAUGUAAAGAAUAUGUAGAUAAACGCCCCGUGAUUAUCCCUUACCACAGGGGCGAAAAGCGGUUGUAUGUUAGAUUUCAGGAGUUUAGAGAAGGCUUGGCUUCACAUUCUCAGGCCCUGAUGGAUCAAAUGACCGCUGUUAGGGUUAAAGUGCUUACCAUCUGCGAAUCAAGAAACAAGGAUAACCUGGACGAGGGAUCAGAAAAUGUUUUAGCAAAAGAAGAGAGAUCAUAUGGAUCAAUUAUGAUGGAGAGAGUUACAGGAAGUGAGGAUGGGAGAAUAGAUCAUUCUUUGCAAGAUAAAACAUUCCGUCAUCCAUAUCUAUCGGCCCUUGGGUCCCAUACAAACUAUUGGAGAGAUCCUGAUACAGCUCUCUUUAUACUGAAACACUUGUAUCGAGAUAUACCAGAGGAGCCUCAGUCCACGCAUGCACCUCAAGAAGGAACCUCAGAGGAUGGGAGUGGUUUGAUAGGAUGGUCUGAGCAGAGAGAUGAAGAACUCCCUCUGACAUUCGCUGAUAAAGUUAGGAUAAAGGAUUUUUCUUCCUGGGUGAGGCGUAGUAGGAAGCGCUGAAUUGAUUUGGAUCUCUGGCUUGUGCUGUUGUCAAAAAGUGCACCAUCCUAAUCAGACUGGCUUGUGAGAACAAAUUCACAGCAACUUGGAGAAGGAAAGGUCAAUCCACUGUUUUGGUUCCAGAUUGUGGGCGAUCGUCUACCUAACUUGACCGGGCAGUUUAAGAAGCAUACUGUUCUGUCAUUGAUUGAUUGUCUUAUAAAGGAUAAUUUGGAGGAUGAGGAGCUGCUUUCUUUGUGUCUUCUCUUUUCGAGUUGCAUAGAAGUCAAAACUGUGCAGCCACCCUCUCUGAUCUUUAUGUAGAACGGAGACUUGUAGUGUUAACAAAGUUUAUACUUAGGACAUGCAAACGACUGGUAGCUUGUGCAUAUAUUAUUGUAAAUAUUGUAGGUUUGUGAAGUAAUUGGUGUUUCUUUGAGCUUUGAGCAGUCAAGCUGCAACUAUUGUAUUUAAAAUGAUGUGUAGCUAUGAGUUAUGGGGCUUGUUCUCGGUUGAUUAUUUGAACUGAUUAUAGAUUCUGA